CGCACCGAAAAUAUCAGUGGCUGGUAGGCUGACAAUUCUGUCCCGCAGGUUAGUGCGGGUUUUUUUUCUCUGGAAAGCUGAGCUGAGACACACCUAAUAAGCGGCAACAGGUCAGAAAAGUACAGCGACGAGGGAGAUUUCCGCCCCCCCAUUUCAAGGAGGAGAUUUCAUCCUUACGUUUUAUUUUACAAUCUCCCUUAAAAAUGGUACUAAGGUGUCUCUCCUAUGCGAAGUACCUUGCGAUGAAACGUAAAUGCAUUGCACUGCUCCUCACAAUCAUCGUCCUCUAUUUAGUGAUGGACCUCAGCUUCUUCAGGUUUAUGGAAGGCCUUAUUCCCAUGGAUGUCUGCCAUUUGCGUAAAGGAUUUAAAUUAAAACCUGGAAACCAUGUGGAUAAUUAUCUGGAUUAUUGGAGCAGAACUGAUGUGCAGACUUGUACAAAUUGGAAGGCGCCAAUCAUUUGGGAUGGAACCUUCAAUCCCAUAUAUCAUGAUGCGAUGUACAAGAAACAAAAUAUUGUUAUUGGUCUCACGGUCUUUGCAGUUGGCAAGUAUCUGGACAUGUACUUGGAGAGUUUCCUGGUGUCAGCCGAUGAACACUUCAUGCCGGGAUUCUCAGUUAUCUACUACGUGUUUGUGGAUGACCUGCCGAAGCUUGAAAGGCUGAGGCCAAGUGUAAGGCGGAAAAUCGAGAGGUUUCAAGUUGAAAGGCACAAGCGGUGGCAAGACAUCUCUAUGUACCGUAUGAAGAUAAUCAGCAGGCUGAUUGAGGACCGCAUCAGGCAUGAAGCUAACUAUGUGUUCUGCUUUGACGUGGAUCAGAGAUUCCAAGGUCGCUUUGGCACAGAAGUGCUGAGUGAGUUGGUGGCUCUCCUGCAUGCCUGGUACUACAGAAGGCCAAAGUUCAUGUACACCUAUGACCGUAACCCCCACUCUGCGGCUUACCUGAGUGACAAGGGGGAUUUCUACUAUCACGCGGCUGUGUUCGGUGGAACUUGGCAGAGUGUCAAGAACCUGACGGAGACCUGUGACCGGGGGAUCAUGCAGGACAAGCAGAAAAAUGUGGAAGCUCUUUGGCACGAUGAGAGCCACCUCAAUAAGUUCCUCUGGCUGCAUAAACCCACCAAAGUCCUAUCGCCAGAAUACUGCUGGGACCCAAAGAUUGGAUGGCGACGAGAUAUCCGUGUGGUCAGACUGUUGUGGGUUGAGAAACAGUAUGACAUCAGUCGACAAAUUAACUAGGCAUCUAGAAAAUAAUUUCUACUGAUCUUAACAUUGGGUGUUCCUUGGAUUUUCCCUUGCUUCUCUCUCCUAAACCAGUGCAACGUGUGUUAGGUGCAUGGUGAAGCUGGUUGCACAAUGUGCCUUAAUACCACCCCCCCACCCCACCCAAUCUCCCGGCAAGCUCAGAAGAUCAUCCCCAAUUGCAUCAGUGCAGUAUAGAAGAAUGAUUUCUAAAUUCUGACUUUGCAUCAAGCAAAUUAAUAUAAAUAAACUGUAUAGAUUAAAAUUAAGGGCUUUAACUAAGUAUUGCAGCUGUUUUUAACACUUAAUUUGUGCAUUAUGUUUACAAAGGCCCAUUGAGGCUAGCACUGAUCUUCAGUUAUAAACUGGCUUCUCCGUUUUAAUAUCAUUGACUGUAGAGUAUAAAUAAUUUCUUAUUUUAGAGGAUAGAGAAAACUGUAUAUUUGGCUUGAGAGAUGAAUAAAUUUUUAAUUCU